UUGUUUGUUGAAAAUUUGUAAACUUUCAAAAUUUCUUGUUUGUGUUUUUAUGUGAAAACCCUCUGUCAAAGUAUUUUCAACAAAUCAAAGUAGACAGCUCAGUGAAAUUUCUAAAAAUCUUUGACAUUUCUGAAAACCACAAUUACGUAGACGAUAUAAACGCUUUUGCGGUUUUCCUUAAUUUUAGCUGGUAACGAAAAUGUCACGCAUUGGCAUCAACGGUUUCGGACGUAUCGGUCGGCUCGUAUUGCGUGCGGCCAUCGACGAUUGCGCCUUUGUUGUGGCCAUCAACGAUCCCUUCAUCAAUCCCCACUACAUGGCCUACCUAUUCAAGUACGACUCCACGCAUGGCCGCUUCCAAGGCGAAGUGACUGCCGAAGACGAUGGUCUCAUCAUCAACGGCACUAAAAUUCAAGUUUUCACCGAACGCGAUCCGGCCUCCAUCAAUUGGGCCAGUGCUGGCGCCGAAUACAUUGUAGAGUCGACAGGCGUAUUUUUGACAAUAGAAAAGGCAUCAGCCCAUUUUAUAGGUGGUGCACGUAAAGUCGUCAUCAGUGCACCCUCUCCGGACGCACCCAUGUUUGUGGUGGGCGUCAAUCUAGAUAUGUAUAGCCGAGAUAUGCGCAUCGUUUCGAAUGCCUCCUGCACCACCAAUUGUCUGGCGCCUCUGGCCAAGGUCAUACAUGAGAACUUCGAGAUCAUAGAGGGUUUAAUGACGACCGUGCAUGCGUUCACAGCUACACAGAAGGUGGUGGACGGUCCAAGUGGUAAGCUUUGGCGUGAUGGACGUGGCGCUGCACAAAAUAUAAUACCAGCUUCGACGGGUGCGGCUAAGGCGGUUGGCAAGGUUAUACCUUCGUUGGAUGGUAAACUCACAGGCAUGGCAUUCCGUGUGCCGGUGCCAGAUGUGUCGGUGGUGGAUCUGACAGUACGACUCAACAAGCCGGCGCCCUACGAAGCCAUCAAGAAGAAAAUAUUGGAAGCAGCCAAUGGUUCCUUAAAGGGUGUACUCGGCUACACAGAUGAGGAAGUGGUUUCGACGGACUUUUUGCAUGACACGCAUUCGUGCACCUUCGAUGCCAAGGCGGGUAUAGCGCUGAAUGAUAAGUUCGUAAAAUUGAUCGCUUGGUAUGAUAAUGAGUACGGCUAUUCGAAACGUAUCAUUGAUCUUAUUCGGUUCAUGCAAAAGAAGGACUAAGAAAGAGUGGGCAAGGCGGAAGGCAAUAACAUUGGCAGUUAGUUUUGUGCUGUAUGUAAUAUUUGUAAGUGUUUUCAAUUUCAAAUGGAUGUUUCUUGAAAAUAAAUUGACGA